ACCAGAAAUAAACUAUCGAUAAUGUCCCAUUCCUAAUUUGCGGCUCUUCAAAAAGUGGAUUUUUUAGCGAAACUGCCAACAGGUGGGGGACGGCACUCCAUUCUACAUUGGCUGAAUCGUGGAAAGGUAUAGGAAACCAUGGCGCUAGCCAUCAAGAAGCGUUUUGGCUCCUACGUGGAAACGGUGGAUGGCUCGCCGGCGGUGAAGAAACUUCGCCUGCAAACACUGGCUGCCGAUGGGAAGGGAGGAAAGGCAAGAACCGUGGAGCGAAAGCUGACGGCGCUCAACCAACUGGACGUCUAUUUAAAUAUUAUACCUUCUGGGUCGUCGACUGUGACCACUGCAACACCGUCUGUUGCACCGGGCUCUGCCUCCCUCGUCAAUCCGCCUGCAGCGACGACGGGAACUUCACAAUUGGCGACAGGAAAUAGCAGAGAAAUGCUAGAACUGUUGGUUAAGAUCACCGAUGAGAUAUCUUACGAGGAUGUGGAUUUUGCCGAGCUGAAGGAGGUGUCCAACAAGAUCUUUCAGCUAUAUCAGAUGCAGGAGCGCGAUAGUGACACUUCCAUUCGGGUGAAGUUGCUCGAACUGUUAUCCGGAUUGGGUUGCGAGUGUGUCACCGAGCAGGCGGUGACCCUAAUCAUCGACUAUUUUAUCUUCCUGCUUAGGAAGGAGGUUUCCCAGAAGGUGCUCGCUCAAGGCAUGAUGUGCCUGUUUCGGAUCGGCGAGCGCAGGAAGCAUCUGGUGCCCAUGGCGUACAACACUCAGGUGGCCCAUUUAGCCAAGGAACAAUUGCGCUCUGGUUCUACGCACACACAGAAGAACGCCAUGUUGGUGAUGGGCCGGUACGCCACAAAAAAGGAAGGUGAGCGGCACUAUGUGUGGAAGCUAGCCUUUUACAUUGACUCGCAGGACUCGGGCGUCCGUGCCCAGGCCUUGCAUGCCCUGCUGACACUCGGCGAGCGUGGAUCCGAGCUUCCUGCCGUGCUGUACAAACGCGCUGUCGAGGCCAUGAAGGAUGACUACGAGUGUGUGCGCAAGGAGGCAUUGCGCCUGGUCUUCAUGCUGGGCAAUCUGCAUCCGGACUAUAUUAUACCCUCAGACCGCCAGCAGGAGGAGUUGCGAAUGAUAGAUGCCGCUUUUAGCAAGGUAUGCGAAGCUCUGUGUGAUCUUUCACUGCAGAUUCGUGUCUUAGCAGCAGAACUGCUAGGGGGUAUGACGGCCGUCAGCAGAGAGUUCCUGCACCAGACACUGGAUAAGAAGUUGAUGAGUAACCUGCGUCGGAAGCGCACGGCGCACGAGAGGGGAGCCCGUCUGGUGGCCAGUGGCGAAUGGUCAUCCGGUAAGCGAUGGGCGGACGAUGCGCCGCAAGAACAUCUGGACGCCAGGAGCAUCUCAAUCAUUGCCAGCGGAGCCUGCGGCGCCCUUAUUCAUGGUCUAGAGGACGAAUUUUUGGAGGUGCGAACUGCAGCUGUGGCCUCCAUGUGCAAGUUAGCCCUCUCACGGCCAGAUUUCGCCGUGACCAGCUUAGAUUUCCUUGUAGACAUGUUCAACGACGAAAUCGAGGACGUCCGGUUGAAGGCCAUUUACAGUCUGACGGCCAUUGCUAAGCACAUAGUAUUGCGCGAGGAUCAGUUGGAAAUAAUGUUGAGUUCACUUGAGGAUUAUUCAGUGGACGUGCGCGAGGGUUUGCAUCUCAUGUUGGGAGCAUGUCGCGUGUCUACGCAAACGUGCCUGCUAAUGGUGGUGCAAAAGCUGCUGGAUGUGUUGGCGAAGUACCCGCAGGAUCGGCAAUCAACGUACGCCUGCAUGCGCAAAAUUGGUCAGAAACAUCCACAUUUGGUAAUGGCUGUAGCCGUUCACCUGUUGUACGUGCAUCCCUUCUUUGAGACGCCCGAGCGUGAUGUCGAGGACCCGGCUUAUUUAUGUGUCCUGAUACUCGUCUUCAAUGCGGCGGAACACCUGGUGCCCAUCAUUAGUCUGCUCCCCACGGCGACACAUCGGCACUAUGCAUAUCUGAGGGACUCGAUGCCGCAUCUGGUGCCUCAGUUGCCCAUCGAGGGUGCUUCUUCGGCGAGUGCCACGCAUAGGAUCGAUUCGGCUAUGCGUCAGGCGGGCAGUUCAGCGGAGUAUCUUCAGAUGAUCCUUAGCCACAUUGAAGAGAUCUUCACGAUGACUGACGAGCGCGUAGAGCUGCUUCAAACCGCUCAGUCGAAUCUGCAGCGCCUGGGAGCCAUCGAUGCGGGCAUGUACGGCACAUCGAACUUCCUGGAGACCUUUUUAGCGGCGCAGAUCCAGAUUGAGCAGAUGCAGCGGUGCGCCAGCACGCAACGUAGUCGGGUACCCUUGAAGGAAUCCCUGGCGGCACUCAUCCGAAACUGUCUGAAGCUGCAGCACACGUUCUCUGGUCUCAAUUACGGCGAUAUUUUGCAGGUGAAGCAGCUGCGGUUGAGGGCCUGCGCCCUGCACUUAGUUCUUGUAGUCAGGGAUAGAUCGCAAAGUGCCUUAGGUCCUUGUCAGAUGCUCCUGCAAACUGCCGGCGAUAUCAGUGAGUUCAUCAAGACAAAUAAGAAAGACGAGGAGGAUAUGCCGCCGGUGGGAGCUUUGCCAUUGAUAGAAUACGAAACGUCGAGAAAGGGUAGGGAUUCCCAGCCGGAUAGCUUCACUCAACAAUUGCUAAGCAAAUUGGAUAGUAUAUCAGAUCCAAAACCGGGUCGUGUCUUUCGUGAGAUUCUGCCGCUGGUCCAGCAGGCUCCGCCGCUGGCCCUGCCACCCGCCAAUGAAAAAAUACGCCGCUGUGUGGCUAACAUCCUGGAGCCAUGUCCGUUGCAAUCGCAGGAUAAUGUAAUUAAGGUUACGGCUGGCCUAAUAGCAGCUGUUCCCUUUGUAGCGGAGAUCGAUAAUCUGCUGGAGUCUCAAAAGGCAGACAUGAGGAUCAAGAUCAAGUAUCCGGACCAACAUAUGCACACGGUGGUGCCAAAGCGGAGUGACUUUAAACCCAUUAUGACGGAGCAGGGAGAGCACGAGACAAAUGUACGCCUGCGUACGACAAUUCUGCUGUCGCACAGUGUUUGGACAGAGUCAUCGCUGGUGGAGAUCCAGUUAUGCCUGGCCGUUCGCCCUGGCAGCGAAUUGGAGCUCUGCAAGCCGGCUAAGGUGCUGUUCGCACCCAAACCAGUAAGACGGGGCAUUUAGCCUGACUCCCAGGAGGAUGAGAAAGAGUGUGUAACUGUGGGUGCAGAUCUAGGUUCACGACCCCGUGAUCUAGAAGCGGACCUAGUCGAUGGUUCUAUGAGUGGACGGCGCCGACGGCGAAGGAGCGGAGUGAAAAGCUGACAAGGCGACACAGCCGCUGGAGGAUCAGAUAAAUCGGGGGACCGAGCAACUGUUAGUUAAUUAUAUAUAUCAGUGUCUAAGAUAGCAGUUGAUUAAAAUAUGUUUCUAUUUUAAAAAAUUCAAUUAACAGAUUCUGUAGCAAAAAGCAUAUAAAUUUUUCCAGAUCAAAUAAAUUGUACAUGAAAAGUG